CAGUCAGUCUGCUUUCACUAUUUCAAGGCUGCUCUCUGGCAAUGAGUUUUCGUACUUGACGUAAGAGAAACUUUAUUUCCUACUUCCUGGUCUAAACUCUGCUCAUGGUCAAUGGAUCAACUUUCUGUAAAAACGCUGUAAAUAUACCCCGAUAUGAAUACAUACGCAACUUUAUCAAACAUCGACUUCAGCAUCUCUUCUUAAACGUGUUUUUAGCAGAAUUUAACAAUGACAGAUUCAAGCCGACCUCAACGCAAGCUGUCCAGAGCUGGAGAGAGUUUAUACAAGACAUUAGGCCUGGAGAAAGGAGCGUCAUCUGAUGAUAUUAAGAAAGCAUAUCGUAAACUGGCACUGAAGUAUCAUCCUGACAAGAACCCCAACAACCCUGAAGCGGCAGAGAAGUUCAAAGAGAUCAACAAUGCCAACACCAUCCUCCAUGACGACACCAAAAGACAGAUCUACGACCAGUAUGGCUCCAUGGGCCUCUACAUCGCAGACCAGUUCGGAGAGGACAGCGUUAAGUACUAUUUCCUCAUGAACAAGUGCUGGUUUAAGACGCUCCUUGCAUUAGGAAUGAUCUUCACAUGCUGCUGCUGCUUUUGCUGCUGUUGUUUCUGCUGUGGUAAAUGCGGCAGUUCAGAGCAUGAAGAAGAUUUUCAUUAUAUGGAUCCAGAUGAGUUGGCGGCAGAGGAGGAGCAGAACGGAGGCAAUGACACAGUAAUAACAGGACAGCCUAUUCCCGGUCCAGCGCCUGGAGAUUCAGGACACCCUGUGUUUGUUGGAAUGCCCAUUCCUGAAAAGUCAGAUGGAGACACUGCUAUACUGAUCACAGAUAAAUAGAGCAAACAACUACCUGAAGAUUGCCUCAUCCCCGUUUCAAGGAUGUGGAAAUGAGGACACUGCUGUUUCACUGUCAGUCCACACGGUAUCUGUGCAGCAUGUGUGGAUCAUUUGAUGCUAUGUUUACAUCACUUAUGAUUUCCUUUGGUUUGCUUGAUUUUUAUUGCAAAGACACUUUUUCUAAUGCUUCUUUGAUGAGAAAAAAUUUGCCAAAUUACCUGAUCUAAUAAAAUAAGAAUCUGCUUUAUAUAUAUAAUUUAUGCCCUUUCUGUGCUGCACGUCACAAUAAUUCUUAAGAACACAAAGCCUUUGCAACCUUUAUUAAUAGUGUAUUUGUACCAUGUGAAGUUGUUAAGGAUCUAAUACAGUGAUAACAAAUAAAUCCAGCAGUUCUUUCUUAUUUGUAUGUACAUAAACAUUGACAUUUUAUGUGGUUUGUUUUGUCACUGUUUCAGUCAAACUUUAAAAAUAACCAUUUUAAGAUAUAUGAUCAUUUAAUAUGAUAUUAAUCUUUUAAAAGAUUCAAAUGAAUGUAUAAAAAUGAUCAUUAUGCCAUAUGAUCAGUUAGGGCAGGGGUUCAGGUACGGUUUGUCCCGCUGAGUUCAAAGGACCACUGACAUUUUGCCAUGCAGCAGCUGGUAAUUUAAAGAUUAAUAUUUUGUUGCUGUUGUGGUAAUAUUGCACGGCCUCAGGGAUGGUUUUGUCUGAGAUUCUGGUUGUAUAUCUUUGUUUAUAAUUGUAAUGAUUGGCAAAUGACUGCUGCUGCAAUAUUAAUAUUAUGAGGAAGUAUGAAAGAAUAAUAAAUAUAGUUGAUUCUUGUAUCGA